GCGGCGGCGGCGGCGGCGGCUCGGGCCUCGGCCUCCGGAUCAGACACCUCCUCUGACCACCCGGCGCGUGGGGACCGGUCCGCAGCCCCUUGUCCGCUCUACCAACCCCCAUGGGCUGCCGCCCGCCGCCGCCUCGGCUGCCACCCAGGACACAGCAGGGGUAAGCGCAGGACUGGACGGCCACCAUGUCAGGAGACUACGAGGAUGACCUCUGCCGGCGGGCACUCAUCCUGGUCUCAGACCUCUGUGCACGGGUCCGAGAUGCUGACACCAACGACAGAUGCCAGGAGUUCAAUGACCUGCGAAUCCGAGGCUAUCCCCGGGGUCCAGAUGCAGACAUCUCCGUGAGCCUGCUGUCGGUCAUCGUGACAUUCUGUGGCAUUGUCCUUCUGGGUGUCUCCCUCUUCGUGUCCUGGAAGUUGUGCUGGGUGCCCUGGCGGGACAAGGGAGGCUCGGCAGUGGGCGGUGGCCCCCUGCGCAAAGACCUAGGCCCUGGGGUCGGGCUGGCAGGCCUGGUAGGCGGCGGCGGGCACCACCUGGGGGCUGGCCUGGGUGGCCAUCCUCUGCUGGGCGGCCCACACCACCAUGCCCACACCGCCCACCACCCGCCCUUUGCCGAGCUGCUGGAGCCAGGCAGCCUGGGGGGCUCUGACACCCCUGAACCCUCCUACUUGGACAUGGACUUGUAUCCAGAGGCCGCAGCUGCAGUAGCCACUGGGGUCAAACCGAGCCAGACGUCCCCUGAGCUGCCCUCUGAGGGCGGGGCAGGCUCUGGGCUGCUCCUGCUGCCCCCCAGUGGGGGGGGCUUGCCCAGUGCCCAGUCGCACCAGCAGGUCACAAGCCUGGCCCCCACCACCAGGUACCCAGCCCUGCCCCGGCCCCUCACCCAGCAGACGCUGACCUCCCAACCGGACCCGAGCACUGAGGAGCGGCCACCUGCCCUCCCCUUGCCCCUGCCGGGCGGCGAGGAAAAAGCCAAACUCAUCGGGCAGAUCAAGCCGGAGCUGUACCAGGGGACGGGACCUGGUGGCCGGCGGGGAGGCGGGGGCCCAGGCUCCGGAGAGGCGGGUGCAGGGGCGCCCUGCGGCCGCAUCAGCUUCGCCCUGCGGUACCUCUACGGCUCCGACCAGCUGGUGGUGCGGAUCCUGCAGGCCUUGGACCUCCCCGCCAAGGACUCCAACGGCUUCUCGGACCCCUACGUCAAGAUCUACCUGCUGCCAGACCGCAAGAAAAAGUUUCAGACCAAGGUGCACAGGAAGACCCUGAACCCUGUCUUCAACGAGACAUUUCAGUUCUCGGUGCCCCUGGCAGAGCUGGCCCAGCGCAAACUGCACUUCAGUGUCUACGACUUUGACCGCUUCUCACGGCAUGACCUCAUCGGCCAGGUGGUGCUGGACAACCUCCUGGAGCUGGCGGAGCAGCCCCCCGACCGCCCACUCUGGAGGGACAUCGUGGAGGGCGGCUCGGAAAAGGCAGAUCUUGGGGAACUCAACUUCUCACUCUGCUACCUCCCCACGGCCGGGCGCCUCACCGUGACCAUCAUCAAAGCCUCUAACCUCAAAGCGAUGGACCUCACCGGCUUCUCAGACCCCUACGUGAAGGCCUCUCUGAUCAGCGAGGGGCGGCGUCUGAAGAAGCGGAAAACCUCCAUCAAGAAGAACACGCUGAACCCCACGUACAACGAGGCGCUGGUGUUCGACGUGGCCCCGGAGAGCGUGGAGAACGUGGGGCUCAGCAUCGCCGUGGUUGACUACGACUGCAUCGGACACAACGAGGUGAUCGGCGUGUGCCGCGUGGGCGCCGACGCCGCCGACCCGCACGGCCGCGAGCACUGGGCCGAGAUGCUGGCCAAUCCGCGCAAGCCCGUGGAGCACUGGCACCAGCUGGUGGAGGUGAGUAGGGCUCCUGCUCCCCUCUCAGCCCCUUCAUUCGUGCAAAGCAUGGCCUCUGGGCUGCGCACUCAGAAGGCCUAGGUUCGAAUCCCUGCUCUGCCAACUUUCCCUGUGUGACUUAGAGCGAGUUAAUUAACCUUUUGUGCCUUGUUUUCCUCAGUUGGGAAAUGAGGAUGUUGAUAGCAUCCACAGUUAGGAUAAAUGUGAGAUUUGUUAAGUGUUCACUAAAUGGUCGGCUACUGUUGUGAUUACCCAAUGCCAAGUCCGAAAUAAAAGGGGGAAACUGGGUGGUAAGAUGGAGCAAGGGUUUUUGAUUUGGGGUUCUUUUUUAGAGCAGGCUGUGAAAAAUUAGCUCAUUUUCAUAUACUGGA